AUGAGUUUUUUAAAAAGAGCAGCAUCAGUUUCACACUCUAGCUGGUGGUGGAAUCCAACGAUCGAUCAGCUAUUGGCAAUAAAAAAUGCAGAUUUCGAUAAUAUAGUUGCAUGGUUGGAUCAUAAUAUAGAUAAAAAACAAACUCAACAAAAUAAUAAUAAUAAUGUAAAUACUAGUAAUAAUAAUAAUAAUAGUGGAUUCACUCCUGGAUCAUCAGAGACAAGAAUAUCACUGACGAUACCACAGAUACACCAUUGCUUUCUCAAUGCAAAAGAAAAGAGUGCUACCGGUCAUCCACCAACACAUCUCGUUAUCAAACUACUCUAUGAACUCGAAUUACAAUUCAUAAAGCUAUUCAAUGUAGACUCUAAAGGUUCAUCUCAAAGAUUUAAACAAUAUAAUUCGUUUAUACCGACGAAUGAAAAUACUUCGAUGUUACAUUGGUCGAUGUGUUCAAUCGCCAAGAAUAGAAUAAAAGAUCGAUUCGAAUCGGUGUUUCAGGUCGAUGAUACCGGUGCUUUCAAGCAGAUCUUCAGUGUCUACGAUCAUUUGUUUGGAAAGGAUAGCGAUCAACGCGAUCAUCUGGCAACGCAGUUGAACAGUUCCAUCAAAGACAAUCCAUCGCUAAAGUGGGAGAUCAUCACCUACUACUACGAUAUUGUAUCGCAUUUCUAUGUGUUUAUAGAGUUGAUGUAUCAUGUACUAAGAGUAAAGAUGCCAUCUUCAUCGACUGUAACUUCUCCAACAAAGAACAACAGCAGCAGCAGCAGCAAUGGUAAUGGUAAAUCUGGUGGUAGCAACAGCGACUCGAUCGCAAAGAAACUAAAGACUUAUCGUGCCAAUAUCGAAUCACAAAUGAAUGGAAAGUCAUUCAGUAGUCAUUAUCUGCGUGUCGACGAAUCAAAGGAUAACUAUCUGCUGUUCGAUCACACCGGUAACAUCACAAUGAUGCACUCUGGUUUGAAUUCAAAGAAACCAAUAACCAAACAACUCGAAAAGAUAACCGUUAGAAACAGGCUGUACGAUGACACCAAAGAGAUAUCCAAGUAUCUUUUGCUGAUUGCCGACGAUUUGGAUCUAUACUUUCAAUCGCCGUUCAUCCCGAUUAGCGGCGUGUUGCGACUCUACGAUGUCUUGCUCGAGACCAAGAUUAGAGUGACCGAUCCACCCAUCAAAGGACUGCGACUGAAGAUGUCGGAUCUCAAAGAACUCGAACCGAUCGGUGAAGGUGGAUGCGCAUCCGUCUUUGCUGUCGAGGCACCCAACACACCGGAACUUGCAAACGUCCCAAUGGUACUAAAGAAAUUCAAGAUUCCCUACCACGGAGACGACUCUGGUGUGAGAAACAUCAACAAAACCAUCGAUAAAUCUGUAUAUAAAUUUAAAAGAGAAGCGUCAUUUCUAUCGUAA